AUGAAAGCUGGUACUUCUAUGGUUAGCAAAUCAUUUCUUAAAUCUUUCGACAAAUUUAUUUGUAAUAAUUCAAGAAAUAUCACUAGUCGACCACAGAUAUUGACCUUCAAGAGAAAUAAAUCCAUCUUUUCAGAUGCUAUUUCCAUGGCGACAAAAUUGGUCACCCCUGCAAUUAUGUUAAAGAAUCCAAAUUCAAUUGUCUCUAACGAGAUGAGCAAUUUAGCAAAACAUGUAAUGGAUUUAAUUAGUUCUGGUCAUCCAAUUUUAAACAGAGUUACAAGUUACUAUUUUGAAGCAGAAGGUAAGAAAAUACGACCAUUGAUUGUUUUGUUGAUGUCUAAAGGUUUAUCUAAAAUCCCAAUUGAAAAAAGAAAUCCAUUAAGAUUAGACUCAGCAGAUAUACCAGAUGAUCCAGUUUAUUCAAAAUUACCAGAAAAUUUAACACAUAAAAACAGUGGUAAUAAAUCAAUAUUACUAGAAAAUCCAAUUUCAAGUUUUUCUCCUUUACAUAUUUUACAUGGAAUUAAACCUGUUAAUCCUUUAACCAGAGGUCCUGAACCCUUACCACAAUCAUCAUUCGACGUCGAAAAUGGUAUUUUACCAAAACAAAGAAGAUUAGCUGAAAUUGUAGAAAUGAUUCAUACUGCUUCUCUUUUGCAUGAUGAUGUGAUUGAUCAUUCCGAUACAAGAAGAGGUAAAGACAGCGGAAAUAAGGCAUUUACUAAUAAAAUGGCAGUUUUAGCUGGUGACUUUUUAUUAGGUAGAGCAACGGUUUCAAUUUCUCGAUUAAGAAAUCCUGAAGUGGUUGAAUUGAUGUCAAAUAGUAUUGCAAAUUUAGUUGAAGGUGAAUUUAUGCAAUUGAAAAAUACAUCAGUUGAUAAAAAUUUAACUACAAUUAAUUAUGGUGAUGUAAGCAAAAAUAUUCCGCCAGAAUCAAAGAACUUGCAAAAUAAAGUUCAUGAUUAUAGAGUUUCAAUUAAUCCAUCAGAAAAGGUUAGCCAUGAAGAGGUUAUAGACACAGCAUUUGAUUAUUAUUUGCAUAAAACGUAUCUUAAAACUGCCUCUUUAAUUUCGAUGGCAUGUAGAUCAGCAGCUAUUCUGUCUGGUGUUGAUAAAAAGGUUGUUGAUGAAUGCUUUGAAUUUGGUAAAAAUAUUGGUAUUUGUUUCCAAUUAGUUGACGAUAUGUUGGAUUUUACUGUUUCAAAAAAGGCUUUAGGGAAACCAUCUGGCGCAGAUUUAAGCUUAGGCAUUGCAACAGCACCCGUGUUAUAUGCAUGGAAAGAAGAUAAGUCAUUAGGACCAUUGAUUCUAAGAAACUUUUCCGAGAAAUCAGAUGUUCAGGUUGCCGUAGAAGCUGUUAAAAAGUACAAUGGUGUAGAACAAACAAGGAAGUUAGCUGAGAAGUAUAGAGAUAUGGCAUUAUCAAACUUAAGAACCGCAUUACCAAAUUCUGAUUCCAGAGCUGCAUUAGAAUUUUUAACAAAUUCCAUUCUAUCGAGAAAAAAAUAA